UACUGGUUGACUCCCACAUUAGGAAGGCGUGGUUGGGGCUUUCCUUUCACCAUUAUGCUAACAUCAGUGAAAUGCUGGUGAAUUCACUUAUUUCCAUACUUUUUAUGUGUCAGGGUUACUACUGACCAUCCUGAACUUUAACUUUGUCAAGUAGAUUGAUUUUUACUGGACGUGAAUCUUUAAAAGCCUCCUUGAUCUCUUAAAGGAUUUUAAUUGUCUUUAGUUUCUGUAAUACAGUAAGUCAAAAGCACAUCACUCUAUUGCUCAGCUUUGCACAUUUGAAAAACCUUGAAACUGCUAUGGAUUGUAAGCUGAAUGAACUAGUACAUCAUCUAAGUUUCAAUAAAGCACUGGAAGUUAGAUCGAUCAGGAAGAUGUGCAGUAAUACAGAACAAAGGGUUGUUGCUGAAAAGAACAGUGCAGAUCUGUUCACCAAGAUUUUAACUGUAUGCACAGAGUAAUUUGAUGCACUAAAGCAGUUUUAUUCCUCCACCACAUUGGAUCAUCUAUCUCCAUCUCACCCUAUCCCUAGCAUUCAUUUCUGUCACACCAACUAUCCACGGGUCAUUCUUCACAUCCAUUAAUCUUCUCAGAGGUUUUACUCUUGUCUUCCUGCCUGGCAGCUUCAUAUUCACCAUCCUUUUUCUAAUAUAUCCAUUAUCCCUCCUCUGCACAUGUCCAAACCAUGUCAGCCUUGCCUCACUUUAUCUUCAAAUCACUCAAGCUGAGCUGUUCCUCUGAUGUUCUCAUUUGUAAUCCUGUCCCAAUGAAAAUCUAAGCAUUUUCAGCUCUCCACUCCUGACUUCCUCAUGCAGUACCAAUGUUCCUCCUUUGGCACCCUAUCAUAUGUUUUCUGUAGAUCCACAAAGAAGCACUGUUGAAAAAAUCAACUGCAUUCUCUGCCAGACAUCCCCAAAGCUCCACAAGUAUGUCAUAUUAACCCGCUGCCACUCUUCAGUGUGUUCAUAGCUGUCCUUACUUCCUCCUUACUAAUUCUCUGCCCUUCCAACACAAACAUGGAAUGAGUGGAUGCCUGGCUGUUGGGGGCAGGAUCCCAGGCAUCUCACAGAGGUCUCCAUGGUCCUCUGAGCCAACAUCAUGAAUAGUGAGUCUUCAUUUGGGUCCUUUCUGCUCCAUCCCAUAUUUACUGCUGGGCAUCAGCCUCUGCUCUUCCAGGUACCAGGCGCCUGGGAGCGACUCAUCAGAGAGGAAAGGAUAACUACAAACUGGCAGCAACGUCAGAAAAUGGAGGAAAGAAAAGCAAGAAGGCUAGAAAGAAGAAGGACAUGGAUGAGCUGAAGAAAGAAGUGGACCUGGAUGAUCACAGGUUAACCUUGGAAGAACUAAUCAGGAAAUAUGGAACUGACCUAACCAGGGGUCUCUCCUCAUCCAGAGCAAAAGAGAUCCUGGCCCGAGAUGGCCCCAACGCCCUCACACCUCCUCCUACGACGCCUGAAUGGGUCAAGUUCUGCAAACAGCUGUUUGGUGGUUUCUCCAUGCUGCUGUGGAUUGGUGCCAUCCUCUGCUUUUUGGCUUACAGUAUCCAGGCUGCCUCAGAAGAUGAACCUGCAAAUGAUAACUUGUACCUAGGUAUUGUGCUUUCUGCUGUCGUCAUCAUCACCGGUUGCUUCUCCUACUAUCAAGAGGCCAAGAGCUCCAAGAUCAUGGAGUCCUUCAAGAACAUGGUCCCACAGCAAGCCCUGGUUAUCCGUGAUGGCGAGAAGAAGAGCAUCAACGCUGAAGAGGUGGUGCUCGGAGAUUUAGUGGAGGUGAAAGGAGGAGAUCGAAUUCCUGCUGAUCUGAGAGUCGUCUCUGCUCAAGGCUGCAAGGUGGACAACUCCUCCCUGACUGGUGAAUCAGAGCCCCAGACUCGAUCUCCAGAGUUCUCCAAUGAAAACCCACUGGAAACCAGGAAUAUUGCUUUCUUCUCCACCAACUGUGUUGAAGGCACAGCCAGAGGAGUCGUCAUCAACAUUGGUGAUAAUACCGUCAUGGGCCGUAUCGCCACCCUGGCUUCCAGUCUAGAGGGCGGAAAAACUCCCAUUGCCAUUGAGAUCGAGCAUUUUAUCCACAUCAUCACUGGAGUGGCCGUCUUCCUGGGAGUAACUUUCUUCAUCCUCUCUCUCAUCCUUGGAUAUGGCUGGCUGGAGGCUGUCAUCUUCCUCAUUGGUAUCAUUGUCGCCAACGUGCCAGAAGGUCUCUUGGCUACUGUCACUGUGUGUCUGACCCUGACUGCUAAGCGUAUGGCCAAGAAGAACUGCCUGGUGAAGAAUUUGGAAGCUGUCGAGACUCUGGGCUCCACCUCCACCAUCUGUUCUGACAAGACCGGCACCCUGACCCAGAACAGAAUGACUGUGGCUCACAUGUGGUUUGACAACCAGAUCCAUGAGGCCGACACCACUGAGAACCAGAGCGGUACCUCUUUUGACAGGAGCUCUGCCACCUGGGCUGCUCUGUCCAGAAUUGCCGGACUCUGCAACCGUGCCGUCUUCCUGGCUGACCAGAGCAACAUUCCCAUUCUGAAGAGAAAUGUCGCUGGUGAUGCCUCAGAAGCCGCCUUGCUGAAGUGUAUUGAGUUGUGCUGCGGAUCUGUCAGUGGAAUGAGAGACAAAUACCCCAAAAUUGCUGAAAUCCCUUUCAAUUCCACAAACAAAUAUCAGCUCUCCAUCCAUAAGAACAGUACACCUGGGGAAACCAAGCAUCUGCUGGUGAUGAAAGGAGCUCCAGAGAGGAUUUUGGAUCGCUGCUCCACCAUCAUGCUUCAGGGCAAAGAGCAGGCUCUGGAUGAUGAGAUGAAAGACUCUUUCAAUAAUGCCUAUGUUGAGUUGGGAGGCCUUGGAGAGAGAGUACUGGGUUUCUGCCAGUAUCACCUGCCUGAUGACCAGUUCCCAGAGGGAUUUGCUUUUGAUACUGAUGAAGUGAACUUCCCCACUGAGAACCUGUGCUUCGUCGGACUCAUGGCCAUGAUUGACCCUCCUCGUGCUGCUGUGCCUGAUGCUGUUGGUAAAUGCAGGAGUGCUGGAAUCAAGGUCAUCAUGGUCACAGGUGACCAUCCAAUUACAGCCAAGGCUAUUGCUAAAGGUGUGGGUAUCAUCUCAGAAGGCAAUGAGACUGUUGAAGACAUUGCUGCCCGCUUAAAUAUUCCAGUUUCAGAGGUCAACCCUAGGGAUGCUAAGGCCUGCGUCAUCCACGGUGGUGAGCUAAAAGACAUGACCACAGAGCAGAUUGACGAUGUGCUGAAGCACCACACAGAAAUUGUAUUUGCUAGGACCUCCCCUCAACAGAAACUGAUCAUUGUGGAAGGAUGCCAGAGACAGGGAGCCAUUGUGGCCGUGACAGGUGAUGGUGUGAACGACUCUCCAGCUCUGAAGAAAGCUGACAUUGGUGUCGCCAUGGGUAUCGCUGGAUCUGACGUCUCCAAGCAGGCUGCUGACAUGAUCCUGCUGGACGAUAACUUUGCCUCCAUUGUCACUGGAGUGGAAGAAGGCCGUCUGAUCUUUGACAACUUGAAGAAGUCCAUCGCCUACACUCUGACCAGCAACAUCCCCGAGAUCUCACCCUUCCUCCUCUUCAUCAUCGCCAACAUCCCUCUGCCCCUGGGAACCGUCACCAUCCUCUGUAUUGAUCUGGGAACUGACAUGGUCCCUGCCAUCUCCCUGGCUUAUGAGAAAGCUGAGAGCGACAUCAUGAAGAGACAGCCCAGAAACCCCAAAACAGACAAGCUAGUGAAUGAAAGGCUCAUCAGUAUAUCCUACGGACAGAUUGGUAUGAUGCAGGCCACAGCUGGCUUCUUCACAUAUUUUGUCAUCCUGGCUGAAAAUGGUUUCCUCCCCAUGGACCUGAUAGGACUGAGAGUGCUGUGGGAUGACAAAUAUGUAAAUGACCUGGAAGACAGCUAUGGACAGGAAUGGACAUAUGAGCGCAGAAAGAUUGUAGAGUUCACCUGCCACACAGCUUUCUUCACAAGCAUUGUGAUCGUCCAGUGGGCCGAUCUGAUCAUCUGUAAGACCAGGAGGAACUCCAUUUGGAAGCAAGGAAUGACGAACCACAUCCUCAUCUUUGGGCUCUUUGAGGAGACGGCUCUGGCUGCCUUCCUGUCAUACUGCCCGGGCAUGGAUGUUGCCCUAAGAAUGUACCCUAUGAAGCCAUUGUGGUGGUUCUGUGCCUUCCCCUACUCCCUCCUCAUCUUCCUUUAUGAUGAAGCCAGAAGAUAUAUCCUCAGACGAAACCCAGGAGGUUGGGUGGAGCUAGAGACAUACUACUGAGCCAGCGCCAUACAUGGGACACAGGAGUGUUUCAUAUGCUACACCUAUGUUUGAGAUGUUAGACCGCUAACACAACAAAUCAUAGUCAGAUUAUGUUGAUGUUUGUGUGGCGCUUUCAAUAAAACAUAAAUACUGUGCACUGAU